AUGGGAGGGCUAUUAAGAUCAGCAUUUAGUGUUAAUAUGCCUCCCAAUUGCCCAAAUUUAGAAGCACGAGAGGAUGAUGAAUGGAUUGAGGUGCCCGUGGCCUAUGACACAGAUGUAGAAUAUGAUUAUUCUAUAAUAGAAGAAGAUGUGACAUAUAAGAAGUUGCUUGAAGCUUCUGAGGAGAAAUUAUACGAGGGGUGUAUCAAUUUUUCAAAGUUAUCUUUUCUGUUACACUUGUUUCACUUGAAGUGUAUGAAUCACUGGUCCAUAGAAUCUUUCAAUAUGUUGUUGAAGCUAAUUCUAUAUGCAUUUCCUCAAAUACUUGAUUUUCCCUCUUCUUAUUAUUAUAGUAAGAAAAUGAUAAAAGACUUGGGCCUUGGGUAUGAAAAGAUUGAUGCUUGUCCGAAUAAUUGCAUGUUGUAUUGGGGUGAAUUUUUAAAGAAAGACAAGUGUCAUGUUUUUGGUACAUCGAGGUGGAAGAAAACUAAGGAUAGGGGCAACAUUGUAAGUGAUCAAGGUACGGAUACUUGUAAGAAAGGUGUGCCAGCUAAGGUAAUGCGAUAUUUCCCUCUUAUACCGAGACUAAAAAGAAUCUACAUGUCAUUAGAAACAGCAGAAGAUAUGAGAUGGCAUGAUACAGAGCGAUUGGGAGAAGAUGAUAAGAAGAUUUUAAGGCAUCCUUCAGAUGGCUUAGCAUGGAAGGCAUUUGAUGAGCGUCACAGUGAUUUUGCAUUAGACCCUCGUUGUGUUCGAUUAGGUCUUGCGAGUGAUGGUUUUAAUCCUUACCGUUUAAUGAACACCACUUAUAGUACGUGGCUAGUGAUGUUGAUUCCUUAUAAUCUUCCACCAUGGUUAUGUAUGAAACCGUCUUCUUUCAUUCUGUCCACGCUUAUUCCUGGAAAAUCAAGUCCCAAAAAUGAUAUUGACGUAUAUCUGCAACCAUUAGUGCAUGAAUUGAAAUUGCUGUGGACAGGGGUUGAAGCUUUUGAUGCUUUUGCCAGAGAGAAAUUUAAUUUGCGUGCGGCUUUGCUUUGGAAUAUUAAUGACUUUCCCGGCUAUCUAAUGCUCUCUGGUUUGAGCAUAAAAGAUCACCCAUAUCGAUGUCAAGGUGACAAGUUUUGUGAGAAGUUUGGAACUAAUGAGUGGGUUAAAGCCCCAUCUCUUCCUAGCGGCACUGAUAUAUUGAGGCAGCAAGAAAAGGUGAAGCAUGUUUACGGAAAGUCAAAGGCACCACCGAAAAAGAGGCAAAGAGGACAUGAUGAUGACGAUGAUGUCCAAGAUGAAAGUGACUUUGGUACCAAGAGAAGCAUAUUCUUUGAUUUGGUGUAUUGGGAGCAUAAUCUUCUAAGGCAUAUUUUAGAUGUGAUGCACAUUGAGAAAAACGUGUCUGAGAAUAUUUUGGGAACUCUUCUUAGUAUGGAUAAGAGUAGAGAUAGUAGGAAUGAUCGAGAAGCCCUUGAAGCAUGGAGAAUAAACUCUCACCUUUGGCUGAGUACUAAUCCUAACGGAGGUGAAUGCAUGCCUCAGCUCCGGCUUCCUCUUCUAUGUCUAUGGAGGAGAAGGAGAGGUUCCUAA